AUGGCAGCGGUAACUUCCAAUCAAGAGAAAGCUGGGCCUUCCAUUUGUGGGUAUCAUUUUCAAUGGCUUGCCUUGCUUGCAAAAUCAUUAUUGGAGCUUGCAAGACAAGCGAAGAAACUAGGAGAAGAUGAUCCAAGAAGGAUUAUUAACUCACUCAAGGCAGGGCUUUCUAUUAUUUUGGUUUCUUUAUUUUACUACGUUGAACCUCUUUACAGUAGUUUUGGUGUCAAUACAACCUCGGCUGUCAUGACUGCUGUUGUCAUCUUUGAAUUUUCUGUGGGAGCAACACUUGGGAAGGGUGUUAAUAAAAUGUUAGCCACAUUAGGAGCUGGUGCUCUGGGCCUUGGAGUUCACCGUUUAGCAACACUGUCUGGAAAAACAGGCGAGCCCGUAGUUAUUGACCUCUUCGUCUUUGCAAUAGCUGCAAUGGCGACUUUUGCGAGAAUUUUCCCCAGAUUGAAGGCGAAGUGUGAUUAUGGACUGAUGAUAUUUAUAUUGACAUUCUCCUUAGUAUCAGUAUCGAGUUAUCGAGAGGAAAACAUACAAAAAAUGGCACUUGAGAGGCUCCUAACAAUCACUGUUGGAUGUUUCAUUACUAUUCUUGUCAAUAUCUGUAUUUGCCCUGUAUGGAUUGGAGAGGAUCUCCACAACCUAGUUGCUCUCAACAUUGAAAAGCUUGGAAUCUUUUUACAAGGAUUUGGUGGAGAAUACUUUGAAAUGUAUGAAGAAGGAUUGCCAAGUAAAGAUAGGUCGUUUCUUCAAGGAUAUAAAAGUGUUUUCAAUACACAAAGUCGUGAGGAAAACAUGGCUAAUCUGGCAAGAUGGGAACCGGGUCAUGGUCGGUUUAGGUUUCGACAUCCUUGGGAACAAUACUUGACGAUUGGGAGCCUAACUCGGCAAUGUGCCAUCAAAAUUGAUGUUCUAAACAACUAUAUUGACCGUCAAAUCCAACCUUCUUUGGAAAUUCCAAGUCAAGUCAAAGAACAUUGCACGAUGAUAAGCUUGGAAUGUGGGAAAGCUCUCAAGGAAUUAUCGUCUUCAAUCAGAAUGAUGAUCCGAGCAGAAACUACUCUUCUCCACAUUGGAAACUCAAAAAUUGCUGCUGAAAAUCUAAAAUCCCUUUUUAUAUCAGGCCUGUGGAAAGAAGCAGACCCGUUAGAGAGAGCACCAGCCACUGCUGUUGCUUCCCUUCUGUUGGAGGUUAUUCAGUGCACUGAAAGAAUUUCCAAUGCGGUACAAGAAUUAGCCUCUUUGGCAGGUUUCCAGAAUAUGGAAUCUUCACGGUCACUAGAACAACAGCAAGAAUCAAACCAGCGAAUAUAUAGCAUCAACUUACAAAACCAUGAAAUUACAAUUGGUGAAUGA